UAACAUUUAUCGAUAUAUUUAGCGAUAAAUGUGAGAUGUGAGCUUGGAAUGCUACACAGUCGCAAGCCGCAGUCUGAAUUAACAUAAUAAUAAAUAAUGUGUAAACAUGUAAAUAGCAGAAAAACUGAAUUGCUUACAAUUAGUGAGAAAAGCGGCCACACUGUCACCUGUCACCUGUUAAUCAGUAGAUCUGGAUUCGAUCUUGGCUCGUACCAUUUCAUAGAAAGAAAAUAAUAAAUUUUAUGCGAUGAUUAGCUACACAUUAAUCGAUUGUUAAAUAUACGCAUACGAUAUCAUGAUAUAUUUUGACGAAAUCAUCAAGCCGAUACGAUCGCGUUGAGCUUAGCAAAUUUGUGAAUAAUGCAAUUACAAAUUUCGCUGGGUAUUUCGUCGGAUGACAGAAAUGGAUCAUCGUGGCUGAGAAAGGAGAAACGGAAAUGGUUCCUGUCAUUAUUGUGUGGCACGUGUUUGGUAUAUGCCACACGUACAUCUAUCCCUUUAUUGAUACCAAUCAUCAGCAAGGAGAGGCAUUGGUCAAAGCCUGAGUCUGGCAUUAUACUAUCGAGCUUUUUUUGGGGAUAUACAUUGACACAAGUGAUCAGUGGCUAUAUAAGUGACAGAAUCGGAGGGCAGAAAGUAUUAUGGAUAUCCGCUCUCGGUUGGUCGACAACGACCUUCUUUAUGCCAGAAAUCAUACAAUCUUUUUCCAAUGAUCAGACUUCCGUUUUACUUAUUGCAGUGGUGAGAAUGAUAAACGGAGCAUUUCAAGGAAUGCACUUUCCUAGCAUGAUUAGCUUGAUUAGUCAACGCUUACACGAGGCGGAACGCGCCUCCUUUUUUGGUUUGUUAACAUCAGGAUCUGCUCUGGGUACAUUACUCACUGGAUCAUUAGGCUCCUACCUUUUGGAGAAUUAUAACUGGAUGAUUGUCUUUCGAAUCUUAGGAGGCAUGAGUUUGGCAUGGACAAUCUUAUUAAGCUACCACAUCCUGCCAUUUAAGGACAGAACAAUUUCUACUAGAUCAAACACUAGCUACACUUUGCCUUGGCUCAAGCUUUUAUCAAAGCCUCCUUUCUGGUCUUGUGUUAUUGGACAUGCUUGCCAAAAUAAUUGUUUCUUUGUAUUACUUUCAUGGAUGCCUACAUAUUUUCAUGACAUAUUUCCCGAAGUUAAGAUUUGGGUUGUGAAUGUCAUACCAUGGUUAUCAAUGCUACCUUGUACAUUUUUGGGAAAAGUUCUGUCAGAAAAGAUAAUUAAAGCCGGUUAUUCCGUGACUUUAACACGUAAAAUAAUUCAAACAAUCUGUUUCAUCACUGAAAUUGGAAGUCUCUUAUUUUUAACAAAAGUGAAAAGCUUUCAAAGUGCAGUAUUGUGUCUUGCACUGAUUAUUGGUGGUUCAGGCUUUCAUAAUAAUGCUAUUGCUGUAAAUCCUUCGGAUCUUGCACCAAAACAUGCUGGAAGUGUAUUUGGUCUGAUGAAUACUGUUGGUGCGAUACCUGGUUUUCUUGGUGUAUAUUUUUCCGGAUACAUCUUACAUUUGACACAUAGCUGGUCCAUAGUCUUUUUACUUAUUGCUAUUAUUGAUAUUGUAGGAUGUGUAACGUAUAUAUUAUUUGGCUCAGGUCAAGCAAUUAUAUAAAUUACCUCUUGUACAA